CUUAUCAACAUGACCGGACGUAAGUUAAUAAUCCUCAUCUAGGGCAGAGACGCGUCUUCCCUUCCAAACAGCAAAAGCAGCUCACUAACAUUCACCCAUAACAGGCGGCAAAGGAGGCAAGGGUCUCGGAAAGGGUGGAGCCAAGCGCCAUCGCAAGAUUCUACGAGACAACAUCCAGGGUAUCACCAAGCCCGCUAUCCGUCGUCUUGCCCGCCGUGGCGGUGUCAAGCGUAUCUCCGCCAUGAUCUACGAAGAGACCCGUGGUGUCCUCAAAUCCUUCCUCGAAGGUGUCAUCCGCGAUGCUGUCACAUAUACUGAGCACGCCAAGAGAAAGACCGUCACAUCGCUGGAUGUUGUCUAUGCCCUCAAGAGACAAGGACGUACUCUCUACGGUUUCGGUGGUUAAAUUUGCAUAAAAAUACACAUCCUCAUAUACCUCUUCCUUUAACGAUCCGCCUUCCCUUAUCUACGAUAUUGGCUUUCGUGGUGUUACGUUUUUUUAUUAUUGCGGUUAUUCAUGGGUUUAUUCGUCGGGUUUCUAAUUAUUUUAUUUUUUCAUGCCCUGUCAUCUCUUUCUUGUUUUAUCUGGGCGGGCUGGUGGUCGAUGUAUAUAUAUCAGUGGUGGUUUACCCCCUUACUUGCGGUCCUGCCCUCCAGCGUAAUUCAUUGUCUCUCCGCCCGUUGCCAUCCACAGGCGUCCUUAUCGUAG